GUUUCUUCUUCUUCAUUCUCAGCUUCAAAAUGGACUCUGACAAAAUGCAAUACGACGCCUCAUUGGGCGGCAACAUCAAACUUCCCGACACAAUUUCGGCCCAAAGUUUCGCCGCCGCUCACAUCAAGGAAAUCAAAGAGCUCAUUCACAGCAUCAACAAUCCGCAAAACAACAAAAUCAUGCACCAAAUGAUGCCAAAUCGCAUGCGACGACGUGCCAUGACACAAAACCCGAAACGCCUGCCGCGUCGUUAUCGCGAAAUUCACAUUGCACAAAUGAGCAAAAGCGGUGCUCCGGUGAAAAAUAAACGCCCGAGUCGGAAAUAUCGCCGCCGCCCGAGCAAUUUGUUGCGAGAUUAUGCGCGACGGAUGCGGAAAAAUGUUUGGCUCGAGACGCACAUUUGGCAUGCGAAGCGUUUUCAUGUCAGAGAGCUUUGGGGAUACAAAAUUCCGUGGACUCCAUGCGAUCGUGCGGGAAGAGCAGCGUAUCGAGCAGUAGCAAAGCAUUGUUUGGCGCAAGAUAUUUCGUUUUAUGGGUGCAUCGAAGUCGAAGGUGACUUUGAAACAUUAAAAACGGGCUUCCGGAGGAUUUGCAGUCAAAAUUGUGGAUUAACGAUAACCGCAAAUGCGUUCAUUAGAGGAAAUCGUGAAGGCAAUGUUGAUAUUUUUAAGGCAGAUUCGUAUCCAAACAACGUAAUUGGGCGAGUUUCGUUCAUUUGGCGCCCAGAAAGUGACUCCCAAAGCAGAAUUUUAUGGAUUUGGGUCCAUCCAAGCUUCUUCAAUGACGUUUUAGACGAGCUCGUUAAACUUUUUGACCUUAAAAUAGUCGAUUCUGGUCCAAAUAAUGAAGAAACUUCCAUGGAUGUCGAUGAAACUUCAUCUCAAAAGUCGAAAAAUAGCACGAAAAAAGCUGACAAACUGAAUUUUGUGACAAAAAAUCACGCGGAAACACGAAAUCCAGAAUAUAAAAAUGAAAAUUCAGGCGUUCGAGUGAAAUCUUUGAAAGAUACAAUUAAUCGUUUUAGACUUACGGGUCCUUUAUCGCAUGCAGUGUUGUUUAAAGCUCUAAAAAAUUACGAAAAUUCAUCAAAUUCUGAGCAAAAUUCAUGGUUUAAUGACUUUUCAAAGCAAAAUCCCGCCUUUAAAAAAUCCCACAAAGCUCAAGUCAAGUAUUGGCAGUCUUUGGAUCAAGUAACAUCUCCUUCAGAACUUGAUCCGUUCAUCGUAAUUGCCUUAAAUGUCAUCGAUCCACGUCUAAAUCGCGCCCCAAAACGGAUGAAAGCCCUCCCGACGUUAGAUACGGGCUUUGUGAUGAACGGUCCUCCGCGUGAACUUCCAAAAAGUCUUCCUGAAUCGCCUUUAUGGAGCUCUGAAGUACGAACCAGAGUCCUUUCCGACAUGUUAACAACGCACGAGAUCAACCAGAAACGCAGCAAAGAAGUUCUCGUACCCGGCGAAGCAGCAAAUUUCGAAAAUUCCCUUCAACCCGUGCCUUUGAUCGUCAUUCAACGUCCCGGAAAUCAAGAUUUCGGCAAAAAAAUCGGAUUAGGUUCGGGUUAUGACGUCAUUGUACCCGUCGGAUAUGGAUUAUCGGUGUGGCUGAAUCUAAUAGCAGCGGGCGCUCGAGCUGGAGGUGUCAAAGAAACGCUUUCGUUUCGCAAGGAAUUCAGUCGGGAGUGUUUUGAACCGGAUUCUGUCGCUGGAAAGAAGGAAGCUGAUCGUGUUCAACGUGAACUUUUGCUGAAAUACUUCAAAAAACCUCCGAAUCAUCGAAUAAAUUACACAAAACUUGCGAUUGCGAAGCCUUUUAAAGCGCCGUGGAAGCAAUUACUCGAAGAUUGGGACAACAAAGAGGAAAAUUGGCACGUUUUGAGAGACAAAAAUACUUUAAGCAUCGUUGGGAAUGCCAUGAAACGUCGUUUUAACAUCGCAUCAGCAGAUUUAAAGCCAAAUAUGUUGAUUCCGGUGAAGCUUACGAUGCUGACUCAUGGAAAUCCGGGUGAUUUUUCGCUCAUUUGUAUCCCAAAACGACAAGAUCAACGCAUGAAUAUCACAAAAUUGCGGUUAAAUGAUCACGUUCCUGUCUAUUCUGAACCUCUAAGGAGUGAUGAACACGAAAAAGAGCGAAAAACUUUAAAACUUCAACAUCAAAAACUUCUUAAACGUCUCCGAAGCAGAAGAGUUCGAGCAAAGAGACGACUACAACUUACCUCGAGUGUCAGAUUAAAAUGCGCCAAAGCAGAUACUCAAGGGAUUUGCGCGUCGCAUUUCAAGAAAAUGUGUCAAUUGUGGCUGCCAGAUAAUUUUCCGUCGAUUAGGAAUCAGUGCAGUCGAGAAACAAUUGGAUAUGUGACGACAUCGGGGUUUACGUUGUCAGAAGGAAAAGUCACGGGAAUCGGAUAUGUUGCGGCGAAUGGGUUGGAAAAGUUGCUAAAAGCUGUAAAUAAGGGAAAAUUAGUUUGUUUGGUGAGAGGAACAAAAACGAGAAAUUAUCGGUUUGCGACAAUUUGUUUAAAUGAAAGUUGAAAAUUAAAAAAAAAAAUAAAAA